CUCUCACCUUGCAUUGAUAGGCCAGACCGAUAAGCAUGCUUGAUUGGUAGAUUGCAUCACCCAACUCCUCCGCUGUGGAAUCUGAAUCAUCGACCAGUCGUCCAUGACCAAUCUCCAUCUCCGCUCAUCAUCUUGCACCGCCAAAUCUCAAGACAGUGAACCGUGCAUGCAAAUCAUUUCGCCUGGUAGAAAUAUUCGUCAAACACAGGAUUCACGUAACGAUUUCGCUCGCUUAACAGCAUUCAGCUUCUAUCCUUACAUCCGUUCUCGCCUUUUGACCCAGUCGCUAUCAUGUCUACCGCCGCUCGUCGCCGUCUCAUGCGAGACUUCAAGCGCAUGCAGACCGACCCCCCCGCCGGCGUCUCUGCUUCACCUGUACCAGACAAUGUCAUGACCUGGAACGCCGUCAUCAUCGGCCCCGCAGACACUCCCUUUGAAGAUGGCACCUUUCGACUUGUGAUGCAGUUCGAAGAGCAAUAUCCCAACAAGCCUCCCCAAGUCAAGUUCAUCAGCCAGAUGUUCCACCCUAACGUCUACGCUACUGGAGAGCUUUGUCUCGACAUUCUGCAAAACCGAUGGAGCCCUACGUACGAUGUCGCCGCUGUCUUGACCAGUAUUCAAAGUUUACUUAACGACCCUAACACUGGUUCACCUGCAAACGUCGAAGCUUCCAACCUAUACAAGGACAACCGAAAGGAAUACACCAAGCGUGUCAGAGAGACAGUGGAGAAGAGCUGGGAAGACUGAACGGCCAAACUCCAAAAGGGACAGAGAACGGUAUGCCAACGUCGGCCUGUCCAACAAGGUGACAGAUCAGGUUGCUCAAACGAUGAAAAGUGCUCUGCAGCCCAAAGCUGCAAGGCAUUUUAUGUAUAUGGCGUUUUGGGGUGCGAGGAGUUUUAAACUGACUAAACUGCAUUCGAGGCGUUGCAAGCGUCUAGGAAGCCCCGGGAACGUUAGCUUAUGAUAUCACAAGGGUUCAUCAUGAAGAAAGGAGUUUAAUGUUUCUUGUAGCGCCUUUGUUUAUUGCCCGAGGAUGACUCUCAGCGAAGUGAACUCACUGCCUUAAAAAUGCUCUCUAAUGAAGCGAUAUGUGUCGAAUGGUGGGGGUGCAUUGUGUGUCCUGGCUUGUCAGGAAUGGCGACAUGUUUAAUGACUCUUAUCGGUUGGUUUCAUGUGAUACUUUGCCAAAGAACGCUUGUUAUCGUUGCAUGAACUUAAUAUCCUCC